AUGGUUGAUUUUAAUGUAAAUGGUAAAAUAGCUGUUGUCACCGGUGGUACCCGUGGCUUGGGUAUGCAUUGUGCCGAAGCCCUUGUUGAGAAUGGAGCUAAAACAGUUGUUAUCACCUCUAGAAAGCCAAAGGCUUGUCAAGAAGCUAAAACCCAUUUAGAGGAAUUGGCUCAAAAACGUGGUUUAAAAGUUGAAAUCAUUUCAAUUCCAGCAGAUUUAUCCAUUGAACAAGAGUGUGAGAAUUUCUAUAACGAGGUUGCGAAAAAAGUGGACAAGGUGGAUAUUUUGGUCGCUAACGCUGGUGCUACUUGGGGUGCCCCCUUGGAAGAGCACGAUGUCAAAUUCGUUAAAAAAGUUGUCAAUUUGAAUUUUGUUGCCGUGUACCAUACAAUCAAAUUGUUCACUCCAUUUUUGGAAAAAGCCGCUUCCCAAGAGGAUCCCUCAAGAAUCAUAAUCAUGUCUUCAAUAGCUAGUUUGACAACUAAUGAUGCAGUGGGAACCUAUGGCUACAAUGCAUCCAAAGCUGCCGUAUCACAUUUGGGUAAAAACUUGGCAGUGCAAUUUGCACCAAGACACAUCAAUGUCAACUCAAUCUUGCCCGGAUUUUUCCCUUCAAAGUUAGCAAACGGGUUGCUUGAAGUUGUUGGUGAUGUGAUGAAAUCAACUAAUCCAAGAGGAAGAUUAGGUGAAAAAGAGGAUUUACAAGCUGUUUUAAUUUUCUUGUGUUCCAAACAAGCCAAUUAUGUUAAUGGAAUUACUUUGCCCAUUGAUGGUGGUGCUCAUUUGAAUACCCCUGCUGCGCAUUUUUAA